AUGAUUUUUUAUUUAAAGGAAUGCAUUUUAUUUCUACUUCUUAGUUUCCAUGUCCUUGCAAACUGGAGAUUAAUAGAUUAUAGUUUUACGGAUGCUAAUAGUGAUAAUAAUGACUGGAUGAUUUUUAAAUCAUGCACCGUAACUUAUCCUCCUACAUUCAAUAUAGGUAGUUGUAAUUAAAAUCCAUAAAAAUAUGCGUCUUUAAAUGACAAUUCUGAAUCCAUGAUAAAGUCAUUCAACUAUAAGAGUUAUUCAGUUUAAGUAGUUUUUGAUGUCUUUUUUAUUGAAGGAUCAGAUAAAAAUUCUAAAUUAUAGGUGAAAUUAACAACUCCAAGUGGUGAUCAUUAAAUUUAUUAAAGAAGUUAUUCUUCACCUGAUUUACUAUUUAACAGUCAAAAUAUUUGCACUAAUUUAUACUAAUAUUUUGGUCUUCAGACAAUAACAACAAAUACAAUUAAUAAUCUCUAAAUUGAAAACAACUUUAUAAUAAAUGUUUGUUUUAAUUCUGGCUCAACAUAAUCGUACAUAGGAGUUAGAAACAUGUUAAUUUAUGUAAAUCCUUGUUAUCCAACAUGCUUAAGUUGUAAUGGGCCUUUAGAAACAAAUUGUUUAACGUGCUUCGAUGGUUAAGGGUUAUAAGGAGGGAAAUGCUAAUGUAUUCCUGAAUAAUAAUUUGCUGAAACAUUUAUAGGUUGUCGUUAGGAAUGUGAUAGAAAUUAUUCGAUAGCUCGUUAUGAUAAAAUUUGCGUAUCAGACUACAGAAUUAAAUCAUUAUUAACAUUUUUUGAUAAUAAUGUAAUACCAGUAUCAAAUGAUAAUAGAUAUUCCCCUUUCAUUUUUAUAACAGACAUAUUUCAUCCUAAGAACACUGAUUUAAUUUAAAAGGAUUGUUAUGGAAAUGAUUUAAUUGGUGAAUUUUAAUUUAAUGAAGGGGUGCUUUACUCAAUGAAUUUAAGAGAUUCAGUCAGAUUUCUCCGAAUUCGCCUUACUUUUUAGUUGUCGAAUUUACUAGAUUCAAGUAAAAUUGAAAUCUUAAAUGAUAAUUAAAUCUAAUCUCGCAUCAUAAAAACUACAAAUGAUUAUUAAUAUGAAAAUUUGAAUAAAAUAUUUCAAAAAAGUAUUACUUGCAUCUAUAGUACUUUUACUUUGUUAAGAAUAGAGACGAUUUUUUAAGUCUCUAAUUCUCAUCCAAUUAUUAAGAUUUAAGGGUAACUUUAACAUGCAAGUGAAAUUUGGGGAUUUAAAAAUGUCACAAUUGACACAGGACUUUGUUAAUAGAAUUGUAAGAUUUGUUAAGACUAGUCUAAAUGUGCAUAAUGUGAAACAAACUAUAAAUUAUAUAGAAAUUAAUGUGUUGAUGAAUGUCCUAUUCAUUCAGUUAAUUGUGUGGAUUACGAGGAUAUUAUUCCAUGUAAAAUUAAAGUUAUAUCAUUAGAUUCUAGGUAUUUAGCCAAAGGAUUUUAUAAUUUAAAUAUGACUCUCGAUGAGAUCAAUUCUUUUUAUGAGACAUUUCCAGAUCCAUCAACUAAUAUUGAAACCACAUAAAAAUUUUCAUUUUUGAACAAUAAAAUAGUAUUAGGAGGUUUGCUGGUAUGGAAUGAUGGAUCAUAUACCAAGACAUGGUCUAUUUUAAAUCCUCAUUAUGGAGUGUAAAUUUAUUUUAGUUUAACUUACGGAGACAGUUAUACUGGAUCUUUUUAUUAUAAGAUAGGUACUACUAGCAGUGCGUUUUCAGGACCUUUUAAUAAUCCUGGAGCAGGAUCAAAUCUAAUUGGUCGAUUUGCUUAAGAAAGCACUCGUUAUUUUUACAUUAAUUUGAACAAUUUUUAUGAUAACAAUUUAUACAUAGAAUUUAAUUGUUAAGCAUCUAUUCAAAAUAUUAAAUAAUGUUUUUGUGCCAUAUCAGACUACUUUAUUGUUGUCAAUUACGUAUUAUUUAAAACAUUAAAUAUUAGUGCCCUCCUUUUUGCUUAGCUUGCACAAGUUCAAGUGGAUGCACCUUAUGGAAGGUAGGUCAUGAUAGUUCAAAUUGCUAAAGUAAUUAAUAUAUCAAUUUUGAUCAAUAAACAUUAACCUAUAGUUGCAAAGAUUGCGAUUAAUUUUGUAUUAAGUGUUUAAGUUCAGAAGAAUGUUAAUAAUGCAUUAGCGAUGAUUUUUAACUAAUUAAUGGAAUUUGUUUGUGUAAGCCAUUCAGUUUUAAACAAGGAAUGCUGUGUUAAUAAUGUAAUAGGUAUUGUGAAAACUGUUUUGGUAUUACAUAAAAUGAUUGUGUUUCAUGUAUUGAGGAAUUUCACAGAAGCAUUCAAUACAAUUAAUGUUUAUGUCAGCCUGGAUUUUACGAUGAUGGUAUUAAUCUACCUUGCCUUCCAAAAUGUGGGGAUAAAAUAGUAGUUGAAGAAGAAGAAUGCGAUGAUGGUAAUAAUGACCCAUUUGAUGGAUGUGAUUAAUGUAAAUUUAAAUGUGAAGAAGAAUGCAAGCUUUGCCAUUUAGGUAAGUGUUAUGAAUGCAAAGAUAAUUAUUAAUUAGUUGAAUCAAUCAAUAAAUGUAAAUCAAUUUGCGGAGAUUUGGUUAUAGUCAAAUAUGAAUAGUGUGAUGAUGGUAAUAAUAAUGCAUUUGAUGGAUGUCAUGAUUGCUAAUUAUAAUGUUACGAUCAUUGUUUUCAAUGUAAUUAAGGUAUUUGCGAAAAGUGUGAUGAAAGUAAUGGCUGGUAUUUAACAGGAGUUAAUUGUGAAUUUGUAUGUGGUGAUGGAAUUGUUGCUAAGGGACAAGAACUGUGUGAUGAUUCAAAUUUGAACCCUUUCGAUUUAUGUAAUAAUUGUGAAUAGGAAUGUUCAUUUUAUUGUAUUGAUUGCUAAAAUGGGGAUUGUCUUAAAUGUGAAAUAGGCUAUUAAUAUGAUUAAUAUACUAGAUAAUGCAUUCAAAUUUGUGGUGAUAAUUUAAUUGUAGAAAAUGAAUAAUGUGAAGAUUAGAUGGUUUCUUAUAUGACAAAAUGUGAAAAUUGUUAAUUUAAAUGUCAUCCCAAUUGUAUUAUAUGUAAAUUUGGUAGCUGUCAAGAAUGUUAAAUUGGGUAUAUGUUAAUCAAUAAUGAAUGUGCAGAAAUUUGUGGAGAUGGAUUAAUUAUUGGGACUGAGAUUUGUGAUACACUAAUAUAAGAUGUCAAUUCUAAUUGCUAUAAUUGUAAUUAUAAUUGUCUAAGUGGUUGUUUGGUUUGUAAUUAGGAUAUAUGUCAAAUUUGUUAAGAUGGAUACUUCUUAGAUUAAUUUAAAUGUAAACCAAUCUGUGGAGACAAAUUAAUUGUUGAUGUGGAAUUGUGUGAUGAUGGCAAUUCAAUACCAUAUGAUGGGUGUCAUAGUUGCAACUUUUCUUGUGAAUUGACUUGCGAAUUAUGUUUAUUUGGUAAAUGCACAUAUAAUGAUCCUACUUUUGAUUGUAUCCCAGAUUGUAAAAUAUGUGAACAACAGAAUCUUUGUUCUGGUUGUGAUGAUAACUUUCAAUUAAUUAAUAACCAAUGUGUUCCUAUAUGUGGAGAUGGUAUUAUUAUUGAAGGACUAGAAGAAUGUGACGAUGGAAAUGAUUUACCAAAUGAUGGAUGCUAUCAGUGUCAAUUUUAAUGCUCAAAUGGUUGUGUCGAUUGUCAAUAAAGUUAAUGUAAGAAAUGUGAUGAUGCAUAAUAUACAUUGGAUAUCUAAACAGCUAAAUGUUUGGAAAAAAUCUAAAAUUAGACUGAUACUAAUGUUGAUCCAUCAAUCUCAGAAUAAUAGCAAUAUACAGCUUUAAGAUGCGGAGAAAACCAAUUACUGGUUGAUAAUAUAUGUGUGAAUUAGUGCGGAAAUGGAAUACUGAUUAAUCAGUAUGAAGAAUGUGAUGAUGGAAACAGUCUUGGAGGUGACGGAUGCUCUUCAUUUUGCAAUAUUGAAAAUUCUUAUAAAUGCGUGAAUUAAGAGGGAUCAUUAAGUUCAUGCACAUUUAUUAGAUCUCCAGAAUUUAUUCUCAAUAUGUUGUCAGAUAAAAUGAAUUCAACUUAGAUAUUCGAACUAACUUUCACUUAAGAAGUUAAAUUAUCGACUGAAAUAAAGUUUGAUGAACUAGUUUUUUUCACAAUAGCUACUUAAACUCAAUAUUUAUUAACCAUCAGUUACAUUUAAAAUAUUUCUAUUCACUUUAGCAAUCCAAAAUAUAAAGUCUCAAUCGAAUUUCUUCAACCCAUAAUAGAUCCUAUUCUGUAAGUUGAAAUAGAGAGAUCUAUAAUAAAGAACUAAUUUGAAUAAGAUCUAUAAAAUUAUUAGAAGUCAAUCCUUCUUGGAACUCCUUUUGUCUUGCCUGAAACUGCAAAAAAAUAAUUGACUUCUAUCGUUUAAAUUAAUGAUGUUAUGAUGUAUUCCAUGGUAAGUGUAUCAAGUUUGGCAUUGCUGACAGGAAAUGCUAUUAUGUUCUUUAAUUUGCUAGAUUUACUAUAGUCCUUAUCUUAUAUCAAGUUUAUGCAAUAUCAGUUCCCACCACAUUUAAAAGAAUUUCUGAAUACUUACACCAAAGUUUCAUUGCAACCCAUUAUGAACUAUUUUCAGGUAGAUUAAUUAUUGGCAAAGUUAAAUGGAGGUACUCUUCCAUAUUAAGCCAGCAAUAAAUCUCAAUAAUAAACCACAGCAAAUACUUUAAAUUAGUUUUAUUUAAUCAAUGCAAAAAGUUGCUAUUUCUCUGUCUUGGCAUCGAUAUUAACUUAUCUAAUAUAUUGUAUUAUAGUGUCUAAAAGUGUGUAAAAAUUCUUAUUUAAAUUUUACAACUAAUAAAAUCCAAACUCUAAAAUUCUAAAAUUUAUUGAUUUUUUUUAACAGAAGAUUCAGAAGAAGUGCUUAAAGUUGAAGUUCGAAUAUUUCUCUUUAGGCAUAUUUAAACUUUACUAAGCAAUUCUACAUUAGCUUAUAUUUAGCACAUUAUUGCAAUUUCCAAACUAUUAAUUUAAUAGUGCUUUUGAAAUUUUCAACAGCAUUAAUGCAAUUGUUGGAUUACUUUUUGUUUGUUUUGUGAAUUUUAAUUUAUUUUCCAUCACUUCUGCUGAAAUAAAAGACUUAAAGAAAUGGAAAUAUUUUUAUUUUGAAUCAAAAACAUCAUUUUGGCAAGUUCAAUGUAAAUCUUUUUAAAUUUACAGAGUAAUUUUUUACAUAAUGAUUAUUGUUCAAUUAAUGAAUUAUCCUGAAGCAUAAUCUAUUUUACUUUCUAUGCUUUCAUUUUUCUAUUUGAUUUACUUAAUCAAAUUUAAACCUUUGUAAUCUCAAUUCGAACUUCACAAAUUAGUUUGUAGAGAGUUUUUAGUGAUGUUAAUAACUGGAUCAUUUCUAAUUUAUAGUUUUGAUUUUAGUUAGGACAGUUAUAUCCUUUUUGGUUGGAUUCAUAUAGGUAUGUUUUGCUCAAUUUUGGCUUCUAACCUAUUCAUAGAUAUAUAUGUGUAAAUCCAUAAAGUCUAUGAUAGUUACUUAAAAAAAAAAAUUAAAGAUCAAAAUGAAUAAGAGAGAAAAUAUUAUUACAAUCAAUUGCAAAGUUUUAUAUUAAAUGAUAGAGAUUUUAACUUGCAAAAGAAGCGUAAUCGAUGA